CCCAUGUAUCGUCUGGAGAAGCAAACCGAACCGAAUGUGGCGGUGGAUUUGGACAGUACGCUGGAGAGCCAGGGAACCAUGGAGUUCUGCUUGGUCCGAGAAAACAGUUCUCGAGGCGAGGAGAGCUCAGAGGAGGACCCGCCUAUAGACAUCACUACGGUACAGGACAUGUUGAGCAGCCACCACUACAAGUCCUUCAAGAUCAGCAUGAUCCACAAGCUCCGCUUCACCACAGACGUGCAGCUAGGUACUUUCUCUCACUCCAGCAACAGACCCAAAAUCCAAUGCUUGUUGAAGGCCCUAGGGAUGUGGUUCAAUCUCACAGGAUGA